AUGGAACCUGCCAACAAAUCCGGGGAAAGGAGACGUAACGGACGUAAAAACUGCAGGAAGCUAACCCACAGAGCUCCCCCGGACGGCCACAUGUUUCCAGCUGUUGGGAGCCUGGAGAGACUGGAUGUCAGCGUGAACAAGCAGGGUCUGCCAGCGCUCCACGUGGCCUGCCUCUAUGGCCAGCUGGCUUCCAUUCAGCUCCUCGUGGAGUCCAGGCCGGGGUGGAUCAACAGCAGCGAUUUCCAGGGUCGCCGGCCUGUUCACAUGCUUCUGUCCUCCCAGAGCGCACCCAGCGCCUCCUCCUGCCUCAGAUACCUGCUGGAGCAUGGGGCAGAUGUCAACGUUACCACAGAUUCAGGGACGACCCCAUUGCACCUGGCUGCCUCUGAAGGCCUCCUGGACUGCGCAGAGAUCCUCGUCCAGGCUGGAGCAGAUGUGUUGGCACAGGACAGCACAGGACACACUCCUCUGGAUCUAGCCCGGAUCUGGUGCCGCAGGAAGGUCGCAAGGUACCUGAAAAGCUGCAUGUGGGACAAAGAUAAGAAGAAAGAAAUGCAGGAGAGGACGCUAGUACAAGCUUUGUACUGUGAUCUCGUGGAUAUGGCCGAGCUGAAUGAUCUCAAUAAAAAGACACUUAUUGAUGUGAAAAUGGCAGAGUGGGCACACAAGAAAGGGUUUCCUCUCCGAAAGGAUUUCUCACCCAGAGUCUUGGUAAGCCAGUACCACACCCAGUGCCUCUCAUCAGAUCUGAACAGUUCUAAUCCAAAACAUGCCAAGCACGCACUGAAGGACCAGUCGGGAGGCCCUCAGGAGGACAAGAGCACACCCACCAAGCAACCUCUGGCCUCAUCCACCAGGCCCUGGACCAUAUUCAUGGGCCUCCAGCCAGAGAAGCCCCCCAGAGUGCCAGACCUUCGGGACAGCGUUGCAGUGUGGAGGGAUGGCAGCAGCAGGCGGCCUCAGUACGCCACCAAGUGGGACAGUACACCUCGCCCCGCCCCUGACCUGCCUCUGGAUGUCCUUGAGAGGGUGUUGUUCCCCAGAGCCUUCCCUUCCAGGAUUGCCUCCCCUCGCUCUUUUGAGCCACAGAAGAUCGAGGAGGUCCGGCGUCGAGGACACCCCCAGGGGCGGAGCACCUCCCCCUGGACAGAGGUGGCCAUGCACUUGGCUGAGGUGCUGGAGCCUGGACACUACUGA